AAGCCGCCGUACUCCUAUGCUACACUGAUUGCUUAUGCCAUCUUGACCAGUCCUGAUCGUAAGCUGCCCCUGAGUGAUAUCUACAUGACUAUCUCGGGCCACUUCCCCUACUAUGUCCUUGGCGACAAUGGCUGGCAGAACUCCAUUCGUCACAAUCUGUCAUUGAACAAGUCGUUUAUUAAACUGGAUCGUAAACCGUCUGAUGCUAGACCAGGAAAGGGCAGCUAUUGGACUCUU